AUGUCUGCAGCUAAUGGUGAGAAAUGUACAUGCAGAAAGUGUUUGAAAGAAUUAAAGGUGAAUAAAAAACGUGGAUGCUGUUAUCGAUGUAAUAGUAUUUUUCAUUUGGAAUGUACACUUUUGACUGAACCUAUAUGCGAGAUAGUUGAAGCGUAUAACAAUUUAAAAUGGUUCUGUGACGACUGUGUUGAAUCGUCAACCGAACUAAAAGGUUUUGAAUUCAAGAAAAUGUUCAAUGAUCUUGAGGCUGGUAGUGCUCAGAUUCUGCCAAAGUUGGAUAAAUUUAAUGAUGAACUCCAACAAGAAAUGAAUAAUAUUAAAGCAAGUCUUAUGUUAAAUGAACGUACAUUGUUUCGACUUGAUAAUAAUGAAUCGUCAGUUCGUAAUGAAAUAACAAACUUGAAAAAUGAAAUGGGUAAUACGUUCGCUGACAUUGUUAAGCGAGAAGUUAAAACCAAUGUCAAUGUAAUCAACAAUGAGAUGGGUACCACAUUUGCCGACAUUGUUAGACGUGAAGUCAAAGACCGUGUUGAUGUCAUUAAUGAUGGAGUAAAGGCUGUACAUAAAACGUUAAAUGAUGCAACUAUACUUAAAGAGAGAGAAUUGAAUUUAGUUUUCUUCCGCCUGGAUGAGGGUAAUAGCGACCGUUCUAAUAUUAUGAAAAUAUUAAAACAUCUAUCGGACGAGACAUCUGAAAAAGACAUUGUCAAAGUUAUGAGACUCGGAAAAAAGAAAGAUGGUGCUGUUCGACCGAUAUUGGUAAAAUUUGAUAAUUUGAAUGUCAAAAAUAACAUCAUGCGGAACGUCUCCAGAAUGAAGUCGUUGUCUGAAGAGUUUAAACACAUUGGUCUUAGCCAUGAUUUGACUAUUGACCAAAGGAAGGAGCACAGGGCUCUGGUUGACAAGGCAAAAGUGGAUGAAGCAGCUGAUAAGUCGGGUUUUUUAUACAGAGUAGUGGGGCCAGUGAGAAGGUGGAGGAUUGUAACAUUUCAUCCGGAGAUAAAGUAA